AUGCCCAAGUCAAAUCGACCACCCUAUCGGUUGGAUAAACUGGCAGCUUUCGGCCAGGAGCACCAGCAGCCAUGUGGGUCAAGAAAACGAUCGAAAGAUGAUGACAACCUAAGUGGCACUACUAUGAACGAUCAUCCAAACUGCACCGCAGAGAGCUCAGUGAUCUGCCUUCAUAGUCCAUCCGUGGAAGCCAGCUCGACCGGAUCUAGCCCGAUACCCGCUGGCCUCGGUAUCUCGUGGGGCUCCAAUACUGCAGCCAGUUCUUCAGCUCCAGAUAUACAGUUGUCUGAGACAGCCAAGGACUAUCCCGCUCCAUUAGUACCUUCAUCACUCCGCCGCGCAGUCAGUCCGUGCAAGUCCAAAACAUCCGCUGGCGCAUUGGCCUACAAUGAAAUUCCGCCUCGGCAAGAUAUCAACAAGCCUCUUCCACCCGCGCCACCCCUCGCACCCUCUCGGGCUCGUGGAGGCAAGCAGCGAGCGUUACCUCUUAAGCCACUUCCUUAUCACCUAGCAGUGCUUGACAAAGCGUUCGAGCGGGCUGGUCUCAUGCACAAUAUGUCGCCACCCGCACCGGAGCACCCAGAUGAUCCUCAAAGGCACACAGCAGUGCCCGGUGCGAUCGGGCAGGAUCGUCUAUCACUGAAAGCAGGUGACCGGGCUGCUAGGCCGCAUCAGCCUUGGCGAGCUAUCGGAUGGUUGGCGCGCCAGAAAACAGAUACGGCUCAAUCGACAAGCCGUGCUGACACGGAGCGUACAAGAGUAUCGAAGCCAAACAGAUCAACGAAUGAAUUGGUUUCCCGUCCUAGGACCCUUGGUCGGCUGUUACAGCGCCUCCAUCUACCAUGGCAAUCACACCGGGAAUCGUCGCGCCCUGACUCUGAUUCCACUCAAUCAAACUCCCCCUCUAGAAAAUCAAUUGAAGAGAUUUCCACAUGUCAGUCCCUAUCGCAACCCGCGCCCAAUACGAGCACGCUGCCUGGGGCUCGGCCAAGUCGGACUCAUUGUAGGCCUGUCGACCGCAUGAGGCGUGUUCUUUCCGCCUUGAUGGAGGAGCGGAUCUCUGUCCACCUCACCAGCUCUGCGGAGGUCGAUCAGGAGCGACAUAUCCACAGUCUCCUCCAAGAUGCACAGCGGUUGCUACUGGAUGGCCUUCAUCAGGUGUCCCGCCAAGAUGGGGCAGGAACUGUCCCACCCACUCCUGCAACCUACAUUCAACCGCCCCCUAACAUAAAUGCGUCCAUCCCCUCAGCUCCGGUCUUCCCACCACCGCGGCGUAGCAUUCAUGAGCUUGAUGGCCGGUCAUUGAUACCGCGAGUGUCAUCAGCACCCGAUCAAUCAAUUAUGCUGCGGAUCCUAUGGGAGGUCAACUGCCUGGAGGACCUUUUCUCCAUGGCCUUGGUUAACCGAGAGGCGUACCAGGUCUUCAAAGAGAAUGAGCUCCAGCUGAUGCAAGCAACGCUUUGGAAGGUUUCUCCUCCAGCAUGGGAGCUUCUGCAGGUGAGUGAGCCACACUGGGACAGGGGGCUACUCGCGAGUAGUAGGUCUGCAGCAGCAAGCUUCUAUCUUCGACACUAUGCCCGGAACCUGUACAACCUGACCCGCAUCAAAUUUCUCAUACUGGACCACUGUCAGACCGUAUUACGCCCAGAUACAAUCUCGGAGCUCCGAGACCCCUAUAGCAGGCUGGGCACGGUAGAUGCAGCUGUUUACCGCGUCUGGACAUUCUGUCAGCUGUUCGGGUGUCAGAAGGGCCGGGAGUGGGAUAUCGAUGGUCAGAUCCGAUGGCUCCGAGGGGAUACUGUCGGCGCGGACCUUCCCUCAAUAUGUAAUACCAGCCCUGAUGCUAACGAUGUCAACAACGUGCUCUUUAUCCCGCCUGAGGGAUUUGCACAAGGAAACCAGGGCCCUUUAUCACAAUCACAGCUCCGUGACAUGAUGGAAAUUUGGACCGCCAUGGCUGCUUUACUGGACUUCUUGCGGGAUGAGACCAGCCGUGCACGCUCGGUGGGUGUUUUUGACAAUGCUCCUGUCACCGCUGGGGACAUCCAGCAGGAGCGUUUAAUGCUGAGAACAUGGCUUCGCUUUAUAAUUACACUCGGACCGAUUGCUGUUCUAGAGCUAGCACCAUCUGGUCCCUACUCCGACCCUGAAACAGCCUUCCGGCGGGCGAGCUCCCAGGGCUGGACGGACUGGGUGCCACCCACUCCUGGAUCUCAUUCCAGUGGCUUCCUGACUGGGGCGAUCCAGACCCUAUUAGAGACGAGCACUUGUCCGCCGGAGAUCGAAGCAGAUACAGCAACAGCAACAGCCGCAGAUUAG